GCAGCUCCACACAGUUGCCAACUUCCCUCCAUGUGGUGUCCCAGCAUGCCUUGUGCUGGCAAUGCCACACAUACCAUUCAGCUGCCCUGGAGAACGGAGCCUGCCUCCGGGGGCACCAAUGCCUCUGCUCUGGAAAAAGACAUUGGCCCAGAGCAGUUUCCCAUCAAUGAACACUACUUUGGAUUGGUCAAUUUUGGGAACACCUGCUACUGUAACUCCGUGCUGCAGGCACUGUACUUUUGCCGGCCAUUUCGGGAAAAUGUUUUAUCAUACAAGGCCCAACAGAAAAAGAAGGAAAAUCUCUUGACUUGCCUGGCAGAUCUUUUUCACAGUAUUGCUACUCAGAAGAAGAAAGUUGGAGUUAUUCCACCGAAGAAGUUCAUAUCAAGGUUACGAAAAGAGAAUGAUCUCUUUGACAACUACAUGCAGCAGGAUGCACAUGAGUUUUUAAAUUACUUGCUGAAUACAAUCGCCGACAUUUUACAGGAGGAGAAGAAACAGGAAAAGCAAAAUGGGAAAUUGAAAAAUGGCAACAUGAACGAAGCUGAAGAGAACAAUAAGCAAGAACUCACCUGGGUGCAUGAUUUUCAGGGAACACUGACUAACGAAACUAGAUGUUUGAACUGUGAAACCGUUAGUAGUAAAGAUGAAGAUUUUCUUGACCUUUCUGUUGAUGUGGAGCAGAACACAUCAAUUACACACUGUCUAAGAGACUUCAGUAACACAGAAACAUUAUGUAGUGAGCAGAAAUACUACUGUGAAACCUGCUGCAGUAAACAAGAGGCACAGAAAAGGAUGCGAGUAAAAAAGUUGCCAAUGAUUCUUGCCUUACACCUCAAGAGAUUCAAGUACAUGGAGCAAUUGCACAGGUAUACUAAGCUGUCUUAUCGUGUUGUAUUUCCCCUGGAAUUACGUCUCUUCAACACAUCUGGUGACGCUGUCAACUUAGACCGGAUGUAUGACUUAGUAGCUGUUGUCGUUCACUGUGGAAGUGGACCGAAUCGUGGGCAUUAUAUCACUAUUGUGAAAAGUCAUGGAUUUUGGCUCUUGUUUGAUGAUGACAUUGUAGAGAAAAUAGAUGCUCAAGCUAUUGAAGAAUUUUAUGGACUGACCUCUGAUAUAUCAAAAAAUUCGGAGUCUGGUUAUAUUUUAUUCUACCAGUCAAGAGAGUGAUUUGGGAAACUGAACUGCACACAACAACUCUGCAGGCAAAGAAGGUGAUGGCCCACUGAACUGACUUUUACAAAGACCUCAUCUUGUAUGGCUGAAAAAUGAUAUAUUCUGUCUCUCAUUAAAUGGCCUAUGUGGUAUUGACCCUAACUGUUCAUUUUUGACAUACAGAACUUUCUUUCAGGAGGGGAGGGUAGUUUGUUGUUUUUAAGUCUGAUUGAGAAGUUAACUGCAGUCAGAUUCUAGUGGAAUUUAUACGGAAUAACAUUUACAUAUUGAAAGAAUUGGAUGUCAACUGUUAAACUAAAUUUGGCUAGAGCAGUAUUUUAUAUGGAACAGCUCACUGUAUUUAGGCCAAAGUCGUUAUAAGCUUUCUAAAUGAUUUUGGACUGUAUUGACUUACUUAACCAAUUUAAAUGUAGGGGGGGGGAAAUCUGCUUCACAAUGACUGCAAUUGUCAUAGAGUAUUUAUUUUUAUUUUUAUUUUUUACAUGUUACUCUCAACUGCAAAGAAAGUUUAUUUUCCAAAAUCAUUUAAGCUUUGGAGGUUGUUAAAAACUUUCAGUGUAUAAUGUUAGGCCUAAAAUUCAUGUAGAAGGAUAUAAAUUUCAGUGGAAUUAAGCAAUAUUAUAUGCCAAGUCAAUGUGCUGGUAGAUGAGGUUUCAGAACUUACAGAGCACUGGAAUACAAUCAGCAAGAUGACGCAUAUAACACAGAGGUAAAUUACUUUUAUAGAGAUUGAGCUUAUCGUUCUGUUAAAACAAUAUAACACAUUCUUGAAUUCAUUGAUUUUGCAAAGAUAACAAUACUGCUCAUGUGCAAUGUAUCCAUGAGGACUGAAAUUCCACAAUCCAGCUCCAGGUGUGCUGUCGGUACACUACAUAAAACAGGCUCCAUCCUACAAUUGUUUUUGAAUAUUUGACAGCAUUUUGAUCAGGCUUAGUUCUACUGUUUCUGAUUUUACUGGGUGAAUUUGGCUGGCAAUAGUAACACACUGGCUAAUAAAACCAUCAAACACACAGACUGGAAUACAGCAAAGAAAGAACGUAGAAGAAUGUGUCAGUAGGGUAUGAGAAGGGAUGGAAAGUGAGGCAGAGGUAGCACUGGGUAUCUCUCUUGCUUGGUUUGACACAGAUGUACAGUGCUUGAACCUUAGUACCCAAAUACCUAUCCAAAUUAGAUCAACAGCAAAAAACCUCCUGUUGUCUUCAGGGCGACAGAGAACUGGUUCUAGCAUUUGCAAAGACUCUAUCUCAUCUCAUCUCAUGAAAUGUAUUUCUACUUGUUACGUUUUAUUGACUCUUGUUCAGUAUUUAUUAGACAAUGUUGCUUUCGGUACUUUUCCUUUAGAAGCCUGCUUGUCAUUUUGUGGCAGACAUUGUUUCAGAAAAGUGCGUCUGAAGCACAGCUAAAUCUUCUAUUUUAGUUUUCCAUAGGAAAGAGAAAAAUACUUUUUUACUGUAAUGUACUGUGAAUGUGAAUUUUUGUUGUUGUUGUUGAAUACUGGGGAAAAUGAAAUGCUACACCAACACUGAUUGAACAGAUGAAUUUAUCUAUGGCCAUUUUGUAAACCAAUGAAAUGUAGCACUUUACACUGAAGGAGAAACAGAAGUGACCUUUUCAUAUGACUUUUUUUAGUGGUUUAUCAUGUCAUUAUAUCAGUAUAAAAAAA